CCCUGGUCGGGUUGUUGAAGUCAAGAUGGCUGUAAACACCAAACGGAGACUAGAGCAUGAAAUAGGCCUUAAAUGAAGUUACUUAUUCAAUAAAAUCGUCCACCAACGCCAAGAUCAUUUAGCAGAAACAUAACGUUUUGCUGAACAUUUAUCCAACCUGUAGAGGAAGUGUUCAUUCAUACAGAUACACAGGAUCACGAGCAACUGCGGGAUAAAGUCUCGUAUGAAUUCCGACGAGAGGGACUGUGAGUGUGCGCCACCACAGGCCGAGACAUCCCCUGCAGGAGGAUACCACAGAACACAAGAGGAGUCUGACAUAGAAAACCCUGAAGCAAGCCGAAUGAAGCGAGCAGCCGCCAAGCAUCUAAUAGAGCGCUACUACCACCAGUUAACGGAGGGCUGUGGAAAUGACUCGUGCUCGAACGCGUGGUGCGCUUCGUCCCAGGGCUUCCGCCGCUUGGACAACAAUGCAGCCGCCGUCAAGGCCCUGGAGCUGUACAAGAGCAAUGCCAGACUGUGCGACCUGCACCCCUCCAAGAAAGGCACCACAAUGAACCAUUGUGUAAAGGAUGACUUCAAAGAUGUGAAUUACCUAACAGAGGAGAAAGUGUAUGAGAUCCUACACAUCUGUGCGGAGAAGGAGGACUACUCCCCUCUGAUCCGGGUCAUAGGACGGGUGUUCUCCAGCGCAGAGGGCCUGGUGCAGAGCUUCCGCCUGUCCAAACCACCCACCAAGGAGGAGCUCAAGUCCCUCCAGAGCAAGGACGAGGACAAAGACGAGGACGAGGAGGAAGCUGCUGCUAUGGAGGAGGACUCGCCCGGCUCCUCAUCCCGGUUAGACGGCGCUGCCUCGGGGGACAACGAUGUGGGCAAGCUGGGUCCUGACGAGGUGUCUGUGGACAUCGACGCGGUCAGGAGGGUCUACCAGAGACUGCUGUCCAAUGAUAAGAUCGAAGCUGCCUUCCUCAACGCGCUGGUCUACCUGUCGCCCAACGUGGAAUGUGACCUGACUUACCACAACGUCUACUCCCGGGACCCCAACUACCUGAACUUGUUUGUGGUGGUGAUGGAGAACAGUAACCUCCACAGCCCAGACUACCUGGAGAUCGCCCUGCCCCAGUUCUGCAGGGCCAUGAGCAAGCUGCCCCUGCCCGCGCUGGCCAAGCUGGCCCGCCUGUGGUCUCACUACAGUGCGGAGCGCAUCCACCGUAUAAUGGAGACCUUCCAGCAGCUCAUCACCUACAAGGUGGUCAGCAACGAGUUCAACAGCCGCAACCUGGUGAACGACGACGAUGCGGUGGUGGCUGCCACCAAGUGCUUGAAGAUCGUCUACUAUGCCAACGUGCUGGGAGGGGAGGUGGACACGGAGCACAACGAAGAGGAGGAUGACGAGCCCAUCCCUGAGUCCAGCGAGUUGACGCUGCAGGAGCUGCUGGGGGAGGAGAGGAGGAACAAGAAGGGCCCCCGGGUGGACCCCCUGGAGACAGAGUUGACCAUCCGGACGUCCGACAGCCGGCGGCCCCUCAUCCCCUUCGAGGAGUUUGUCAACGAGCCCUUGAAUGAAGUCCUAGAGAUGGACAAGGACUACACAUUCUUUAAAGUGGAGACGGAGAACAAGUUCUCCUUCAUGACGUGUCCGUUCAUCCUCAACGCCGUGACCAAGAACCUGGGCCUGUACUACGACAACCGCAUCCGCAUGUACAGCGAGCGACGCAUCACAGUACUGUACAGCCUGGUGCAGGGACAGCAGCUCAACCCCUACCUGAGGCUUAAAGUACGCCGAGACCACAUCAUCGAUGACGCCCUCGUCAGGCUUGAGAUGAUCGCCAUGGAGAAUCCUGCAGACUUGAAGAAGCAGCUGUAUGUGGAGUUUGAAGGAGAGCAAGGUGUAGAUGAAGGAGGGGUUUCCAAAGAGUUCUUUCAGCUUGUCGUGGAGGAGAUCUUCAACCCAGAUAUUGGAAUGUUUGCGUACGACGAGCGCACCAAGAUGUUCUGGUUCAACCCAUCCUCGUUUGAGAACGAGGGUCAGUUCACGCUGAUCGGCAUCGUCCUGGGCCUGGCCAUCUACAACAACUGCAUCCUGGACGUUCACUUCCCAAUGGUGGUCUACAGAAAGCUCAUGGGCAAGAAAGGAACCUUCCGGGACCUCGCAGACUCUAAUCCGGUUCUGCACCAGAGUCUGAAGGAGCUGUUAGAGUACGAGGGGAGUGUGGAGGAGGACAUGAUGAUCACCUUCCAGAUAUCCCAGACGGACCUGUUCGGAAACCCCCUCAUGUACGACUUAAGGGAAAAUGGGGAUACAAUUCCAGUCACCAACGAGAACAGAAAAGAGUUUGUAGCUCAGUAUGCAGAGUACAUGCUGAAUAAGAGCGUGGAGAAGCAGUUCAAAGCCUUCAGAAGAGGUUUUCACAUGGUCACCAACGAGUCCCCGCUGAAAUAUUUAUUCCGGCCGGAGGAAAUCGAGCUGCUCAUCUGUGGAAGCAGGAACCUAGACUUUCAAGCACUUGAAGAAACCACAGAAUACGAUGGGGGCUACAGCAGAGAUUCACGCAUUAUUAAAGAGUUCUGGGAGACCUUGCACUCGUUUGCUGAGGAGCAGAAGAGGCUGUUCCUGCAGUUCACCACGGGCACAGACAGAGCCCCUGUCGGAGGCCUGGGCAAGCUCAAGAUGAUCAUCGCCAAGAACGGCUCCGACACAGACAGGUUACCCACAUCUCACACCUGCUUUAACGUGCUGCUGCUCCCGGAGUACGACACCAAGGAGAAGCUGAGAGAGAGACUGCUCAAAGCCAUCCUCUAUGCCAAAGGGUUUGGCAUGCUCUAGUCUGAGGCCAUGGCUGCCACACUGCAAAAGGACUCCUUUUCACAACCUCCUCCUUCACCCAUAUCAGAAAAAACAAUACGAAAGAAAGAAGACCAACCAACACAAAAUCAUUUAAGAUUCGAGAUGAGAAAAUCAGAAAAUAAACACAGUGGUUGUUAUAAAGGUAGAGUGCUCUAGUAGUCCAGUUUGUCCGUGCCUGCUUCCCGAUCUCUUGGAGCAGCUUCAUUGAACUUCAUGUGAUCAAACGUACGUUUCCUUUCCCACGUUGUGUGAAUUUGUUCCGAAUGCAUCCCGUAUUUUAUUUUUUUAUGUACAGAGAGGAUUUUUUCCCUUACUAUUUAUUUUAAGGUUGAAAUUGGUUAUUUUGAUCCUUGACUGGAUUAACACCUUUUUUUGGUGGUAAAGAGGAGGGCUGGGAUUAUUUAAUAAUAUGGAUUGGGACAAUGAAAAUGUAGAAGCCAUUUGUAAGAGAAGAAAAGGCUGCAUCCAUUCAUGCUUUGCAGUCCCCAUCUCUGUUACUUUGCGAUCGCCUAAACCUCGUUGGGUUGUGUCCCUGUAGUCAGAAGCUGGUGUGACUAGGGAAACCGUGAGCUCUUGGAGUUUAUAUGAUGUCCUGCCCCCCCACCUUCCAUAUUAUUUUGCCUCUCGAACAAGACUCAGUUUUUCAUGGAAGUGUUUGGAACUUCAUUCAGACAGCAUCUUCAGAAAAUGUUUACCAAGAGCAGUCCUAAAUGACACCCUAUUCCCGUAUAUAGUGUUCUACUUUCGACUAGGGCCCAUUAGUGUGCCAUUUGGGGGACACACCAUUAUUUUCACCAUUGGGAGCACUGAGAGUAGACUGAAACUUUGCCGGAGCUGUUGUAAGUGCACUUAGACAUUUUCAGAAUGUUUGGUUUUUUGGCCACAAGUGUACAUGAUUGUUCUCAAAGCAUUAUUUUCUAAAGUCUUCCCAUGUUGCCCUUGUCUAACCAGUAUUAUAUUGUAAUCCUCAGUGCAUUUAUAUAAUCAGAAUGGCAUUUAUUCUGGAUGUCUCCACAUCAAGGAGACCAACCCCAAAUAUGUCCCAGGUUUAGCUAGAGUAUCUUCCUUUAGAACCAAAUCUAGAAGAUUUGUCUCUGUGUAGAAAAUAACUUACGACAGCCCUUUUACGUUUUGAUUUGGCAAAGCUCGCUGCGAAUUCCCUCAGCACUGGCACAGUAAACAGUUUCUUUGUCUUUUAGUUUCUGGACAAUUCGAUAGGGAUGUAAUCACUGCUUAGGAUUGUCAAUGGAUCCUGAAUCCUGAUGCGGUCUUCUUUCAGUCUGUCGAGGCGUAAGCAGUCAGCCAGCUCAGCUCACAGUAAUGCCACUAAACAACGGUGCUCAGGGCUGCUUGUGAAGAAGCUGCCCCAACAAAUACAUUUCAGAUGUUGUGCCCUGAGCCUUCCCCUCCUCCAUCGCUUUUUUGGGUUUCUGCUGUACCUCGUUUAUUUGUAUCUCUGUUUUGUACUGCUGAAGUUGCUGCUCACCUGAACAUGUAAAAGGACUCUAGGGCCCAGUGAAUGGAAAACGUUCACCCUGAUGAUCUUGGAAGGGAAGCAGUCAGUUUAUAAGUUGGUUUGAAUUAACGGUUACAUUUUUUAAAAAUUCUAUUGAUAAAAGGCUUAAAAUCAAGUGUUGUGAAAACAUGCUAAAUAAAAGUGACUGCUUUUUUCUAACUUGUA